UACGGAAGUGGGCGUGGUUGAAUCUGAACUGGGUUGGGAAAACUCUCAAGCGUCCUGCAUCAGUGGAGAUGGGCUGAGAAAGAAGUGACGGAACCGACGACUUCACGGACGCUGACUGUCGAAGGGAAGACUAAGUAAUUCUUCCCGAUCCCAUUCGCCCUUGCUCCUCUACACUCAAGGCCCAAGCAGGCCAGGGAAUGUCCCGGCAGCGAGAUGCCUUACGUGGACCGACAGAACCGCAUCUGUGGCUUCCUGGACAUCGAGGAGAAUGAGAGCAGUGGGAAGUUCCUGCGCCGUUACUUCAUACUGGACACACAGCUGGGAAGCCUGGUGUGGUUUAUGGACAACCCACAGAACUUGCCUGUGGGUACGGAAUGCGUUGGUUCACUCAAGCUCACCUACAUUUCAAAGGUCAGCGAUGCCACUAAGCUGAGGCCCAAGGCAGAAUUCUGUUUUGUCAUCAAUGCGGGGAUGAGGAAGUUCUUCCUGCAGGCUAAUGAUCAGCAGGACCUCGUGGACUGGGUCAACGCUCUCAAUAAAGCCACCAAAAUCACUGUGCCAAAGACGUGUGAUGGCCAGCAGAAUCCAGAGAACCAAAAGGCUUUGCCAGAUGUUGUUGGAACCAAGAAACAAGUCUCGUAUAGGACAGAGAUCAUCGGAGGAGUUCCCAUCGUCACCCAGACACAGCAUGAAGGUGGAGAUGGUGCAGACAAAGCAGAGCGGGACGCCAUGCAUCGCUCUCACAGCCAGCUGCCAUACUUCCUAAGUAGGCCGGCUCAGGAACACACUGUCAUCAAGUCAGGCUACUGUGUCAAACAAGGAGCUGUGAUGAGGAACUGGAAACGUCGAUAUUUCCUGCUGGAAGAAAACUCAAUGAGUUACUUCAAGUCUGAUUUGGAGAAAGAGCCUCUGAGAAUGAUCCCACUGAAGGAAGUUCACAAAGUCCAGGAGUGUAAACAGAGCGACAUUAUGAUGAGAGAUAAUCUGUUUGAGGUUGUCACAACAUCAAGGACGUUUUACAUACAGGCCGACAGUCCAGAGGAGAUGCACAGCUGGAUCAAGGCUGUUUCAGGAGCCAUUGUGGCCCAGCGGGGGCCUGGAAGGUCUGCUGCCACAGAACCCAGCAGCCGUUCCACUUUCUACCGCAGCCCCACGGGCCCCCCUGUCCCUCGCUCGCCCAUAUCUUCCAUGUCACCAUGCUACCCAGAGUGGGGCGCUGCUGUCUCGUGCGGCACACGCUCGCAGCCUGGCGUGGGACAGCGAGCACUUCAUGAGCCUGCUGCCACGGCCCAGUCACAGCCACACGCCAGCGCGCCUGUCCCUGCAGGAGACGCGUCUGGCAAAGUGACCUGCGAGCCAUCUGUGACCACCAUCGCCAACAUGGAGGAGUCACCGUGGCGACGGCGGAGCAGCUUUGAACCCCACGUGCCUGAAUCGCCUGUGGACUUGGAUGAUGCUGACCUGCCAGUGAGUGAGGUCUGAGACCCUGCAUUGGACAUCAAAGCUGUUGUCAGAGUUAUCAUGGAUACAGAGGAAACCACACACCACAGUUGUUUUAAAAAAAAAAAAAAAAGAAUGGGGGCAGGCACUGGUUUCAAAUCAAAGCUGUUAACACACUAAAGAGCCCAACAUCACAAACUCAUCUUUUGAGCUCCUUCGUCGGUGCCGUCAGUGCGAAAGAGAAACAAGUUGGAUCGCCACUGAACUGCACUCGUGUGCCAAAGACGACUCCCUCUUCACCCACACCACUGCCUGCUGUCGCAUUCACACCUGCAUCUUUAUUUACUUGACGUUUGUCAAACAAAAACUACCAAUCGGAUUUACUUGUGCUGUUUAGAUUCCAGCAGCAGUUUUAUUCUAACCUGUGCAGUGAUGUGUUCAGUGGUGUUUGUGGGCAGAGGAUUUUUGUAAACCACUUUGUUCCAAGAAAAUAAGGGAGAUUUUAAAUGGUGCGAGGUGUCUCCUCAUAUCUGAGAAGUUUUUAAAGUGAGGACUAGCUUAUUCAUAACCUCUCCAUCAUCUGGUAUAAACGGCAUUGGUCCAUUCAUGCUCACGUUUUUUUAACACUGGAUUUAGCAGUAGGUGCAAAAAAAAAAUUUGGAAAUAAUCUAGUGUCUAAAAUAGUGCAAGACCAAAUGUAUUUCAGUCUCAUUUAGUCUGAUUUAGUUCUUUUAGUUGCCAAGUCUUUGUGUUAAAGCCUUUUUUUUUAUAUCCGAGUAUUGAGGUCAGUUGUUUUUAACAGUGUUUUCAGUGAGUUUAUUAUUUGACUGUCGUUGACUACAUGCUCACUUAGCUUGCAUGUAAAUGUUCACAUAACACAUGUCACUUCAGAACCUGACUCGGCAUCUUUGCGUUUCAGCAUAGCAAACAUUGUGGACUCAUGUUUCUGACACUGGAUAAUUUGGGACAGGAGCGACACAAGUAAACAAAAACAUAGGUUUGAAUGCUUUUUUUUUUUUUGGUAAUUCAUUGUCAUAAAAACUUCAGCUUAGUGCUGGGUCAGGUAUAGAUGACCCUUGUGUCAUAGACUGGGUUGUAACUGGUUUCUGUGAAUGAAUUAAACCUGCAGUCCAUUGUCGAAAGAGGAAAAGACCGAAUAUACACAAUGCAAGCAUUUUGGAUCACAGUUUAACAACAACAACAGAAUGAGAUUCAAGCUUAGACACUUCCAUUGCAUGUUAAUGAUUCUUCACAUUGUCCUCCUCUUUUCCUAGUUUUUGUUUAUCUGCAGCUGCUCUUGGUGAUUUUGCAGAAUAGAGCCGUGUGCAUCAGAAUUAUUUUUAUAUGCUUUUAGAUGUUUCCUUACCUUAAUGCUCACACCUGUGUUAUCUUCCCAGUAGCAGGCAGAUUUUAUUUAAACGGUCCCCACGUCAGUCCUCCAAAAUAAUACACACUAAUCUUUUGUUAAAAAGUGCCUGCUCCAUUUCAUCCCAGCAAAGCCAAACUACUUCACCAAUGUUCAUGUAUUAAUUGGUUUGAUUUGUUUCUAUUUAUUAUGUGGAUGACUUGAAAGAAAUAAACACUGAAAAUGUG